AUGGUUCCACCCUUGAUUGCAUUGGAGGAGCAUUUCCUCUCCCAAGCUGUCCUCGAUGCCUUCGACGAACAGUACCAGGAACAGUUCAAGGCCAUUCCUGCGGCCAAGGACAAGUUGAAAGACCUGGACAGCCUUAGGCUGAGUGAGAUGGCCAAGGGUCACAUUUCCAUGCAAGUUAUUUCACAUGCAUGUGCUCCUGGUGGGCCCAACCCGGAACAGUGCAAGCAGGGUAACGACCAACUUGCUCAAGCUGUUCAGAAGCACCCGGAUCGAUUCGCUGGCUUCGCUGUACUUCCCGUCGCCAAUCCGGAGGAAUGUGCAAAGGAGCUUGAACGAUCUGUCAAGGAACUUGGCUUCGUUGGCGCUCUCAUCGACAACCACGUGAAUGGGAAGUACUUCGAUGGACCCGAGUACGAUGUCAUGUGGCGAAAGGCGGAGGAGCUUGACGUGGCCAUCUACCUCCAUCCCACGUGGCCGUCAGAAAACAUGAUGCCGCAGUACACUGGCAACUUCACCGGAGGAGCGAGCCGAAGUCUAGGCGCAUCAAGUUGGGGUUGGCAUACCGAGACUGGCCUGCACGUCCUGCGUUUGUAUGCUGCUGGCGUCUUCGAUCGAUUCCCCAAUCUCAAAAUCAUCAUUGGGCACUUUGGCGAGAUGAUACCAUUCUCACUGCAAAGAAUCUGCAAGCUUAGCGUCAGAUGGGGUGAUCAGCAACGGAAGCUCAAGCAAGUCUGGGACGAGAACAUCUGGAUCACGACAUCGGGCGUCUGGAGUCUGGAUCCGAUGAGGUGCAUUCUCGGUAACACCAAGAUCGACCAUAUCCUGUUCAGCGUCGACUAUCCUUUCGAGCCGAACGAGAACGGCCUGAGCUGGAUGAAAGAUCUGGAGGAGAGCGGGCUGGUGACGCAGGAAGAGUUGGAGAUGAUUGCGUACAAGAACUCAGAAAAGCUGUUGAAGCUCAAGGCGCCCAAGAUGACUAACGGGUCAUGA